AUGUCAAAACACCACCAUCACCCAUACACUCCACCAUCAUGUCUCCUAAACGUGGUAGCUCGGGAUUCGCCCACUUACCGGUCGUACCUUUUCCCUUGGCCCACCGCCCUCACCUCAAUCUUCUCCCCUCCAGCCCUAUCCCCGGAAUGCCUAAAAUGUGGUUUCUUGGGGUACUUUGAUGACUGGGUAUUUGCUGGGUUUUCUUUCAAAGUGAUUAGAUUGUUGAAAGAUAUGGUUUCCGAGGCUAAUGUGAGCCCAAAUGAGUACAUUUUCGCCAUUGCAAUUUCUUCUUGUUGUGAUCGUUGGGGAAUAGAGGAGGGUAGGCAAUGCCAUGCGCUUGUUGUUUUCGAUUGUUCAAGAUGCAAUGGGGUUUGGAAUGAAGUGCCUGGAAAUGAUAUUGUUGCUUAUAAUUCGAUUUUGAGUGGAUUUUUGGAAAACGGGUAUUUGAGGGAGGGUUUAGAUGUUCUGAGGAGCAUGUUGAGUAAGUCUAUGAAUGCAAUCAUAAAUAUGUACGGGAAAUGUGGGAACAGUUUGAUGGCAAGGGGUUUUUUCAAUGGUUUGCAAAGUAAGAAUGUGGUGUUAUGGACUGUUGUCAUGGCUGCUUGCUUUCAAAAUGCACUAAGAAAUGGGUCUUCGUUACAUGGGCACAGUGAGAAGUCAGAUAUGAUGCAUCGCGACAUCAUUACUUGGAAUGCAAUGAUAUGUGGCUUCUCACAUCAUGGUCUAGGAAAGAGAGCACUUCUUAUGUUUCAUGUCAUGUUGGCUGCAGAAGAGCAUCCUAACUCUGUAACUUUUACUUGGUUGCUCUCUGCUUGUAGCCAUCUGGGUCUAGUGCAAGACGGAUUCUAUUAUUUGCACCACCUAAUCAAACAGUUUGGUGUCCAAACUGGAUUGGAGCACUAUACUUGUAUUGUUGGCCUUCUAUGCAGGGCUGGACGAGUUGAUGAUGCUCACAAUUUUAUGAGGAUUGCACCAGUUAAAUGGGAUGUUGUUGCCUGGCGUACUUUGCUCAAUGCGUGUCAUGUCCAUCGGUACUCUGGCUUAGUAAGGCAGGUUGCAGAAACUGUCUUAGAGAUGGACCCUCACGAUGUUGGAACAUAUACACUAUUAUCUAAUAUGUAUGCCAAGGAAAAGAGAUCGGAUGGAGUUGUCAAGAUUGGGAAGUUGAUGAGGGACAAAAACAUUAAGAAAGAACCUGGGGCACUCUUGGCUAUGAUUAAGCUCCUGGGUUAUAGUCCAGAUAUUGGUGCUGUACUGCAUGAUGUGAAGGAUGAGCCUAAGGAAUAUAAUCUUUGUUAUCACAGUGAGAAGUUGGCCAUAGCUUAUGGUCUUCUGAAAAUGCCAUCAGAAGCAUCCAUCCUUGUAAUUAAGAACCUUAGGAUGUGUGAUGAUUGCCAUUCAGCUGUGAGAUUUAUUUCAAAGGUUACAAACAGGGUGAUAACUGUUAGAGAUGCCAACCGUUUCCAUCACUUUCGAGAUGGGAGCUUCCAUGGUGGCCGUGAUAGACGAUUGUUGAUGUUGUUGAGUAAUAGGUCCGCUCAUGGAAUUUUGAAGGAUGGUGCAACCUCAGAUCUAGAUAUAUCCCUUGUCGGUCAUGCAGCUGAAGAAUAUCACCAAUUGCUUGCUGCUGCCACUGGUGGAACUGGCCAACAACUUUCAACGACUCGAUUGAUGAGGUUCUUGGAAGUGAGACAUCUGGGGGACAAGUUUAAAACCAAAGCUUUAUUAUAUUCAAAAGAUGCCUUCCUAGAAGGACAGCCACUAUAG